GUCAGUCUGAAGGGGCGAGGUUUGCUGGCUUCCACCAGACACCAGGGGUCAGUUUGUGCAGAGCUUCAGGAGGACCGUCUGCAGGGCGGAUGCAGUCCUGCCUUCUUCUCUGGGUCCUUUCCCCACAUUUCCCCCCACGCCCCCGGGUGUAAAGGGACCCACCAGGACAGCAGUCUGAUCCCGCUUUCCGGUUCCAUCACUAGGCGGUUCGGGGCUGUUUCUGGAUCUGAUCUGAUUUAUGCAUCAGGUUCGGCCAGGUGGGUGCCAGUGGGUAUUCUCACACGCCACCCAUGCUGCAGAGAGCAGUCGGAGCUACAGCCGGAGGAGAUGCCGUUGUUCGCCGCCUCUAGGCGGGACGGAGACGGCCGCUUGGGCCGGCACAGAGCGCCGUCGGACGGGGAGCGGCUGCGCUCCGUCCGGGAGCGGCUGGGGCUCAUCGUGUCGGUGCUCGGUGAGCUGGAGUACCUGCGGCAUCGGCAGGAGCUGCUGGUCCUGAGCGCACUGAAGGAGGAGGUGAAGGAGGCGAAGGAGGCGCGGAGCUCUGCUCAGCUGGGCUGCGAGGAGAACAUCCUGGUGCUGAGGAAACAGCUGAGCUGCCUGAGGAGGGAUGCUGGUAUCAUCAGCGAGUUACAUGAGUUGGACCAACAGAUCAAUGAGCAGCUGGAGACAGACAGCCGACCGAGCUCAGGUUUCUAUGAGCUGAGUGACGGGGCCUCUGGCUCACUCUCCAACUCAUCCCACUCCGUCUUCAGCGAGAGCUUCUGCUCAACAGCUGAAGCUGAAGGAUGCCUCCUGCCCACAGAGGAGCUGGCCAGCUGUUUGGAGUAUGACGUACUGCUUGGAGGACCUGGUGAUGACGCAGCUUCCUCUGGUGCCGUUCGCCGCUCACUCUCAGCUCCUCACCAGGCUUCUCUGGAGGCUUCAUCUCUGCUACCCACUGACUCCCCGACUAGAAAUUUCUGCAAUCUUCUUUCCAGAAAUGUCAGUGACAUCUACUGCCACAGAAGCCCAUUACACAUGGUGGCCAUUCAAGGCUCGGGCUUUCUGCAGAUCUCUGGUGAAGGAGGUCAUUGCAGAGAUGAGGCUGGUGCUGAAUGUCCCAAAACAGAAACCUCCCCUACUCCCAGUUCUGUUUCAGGUUCUCCUGGACCUCAAAGGUCUGCUCUCCAAACUCAUUCCAGUAAGCACCUCGACAAAUACAUCUUCGGUCUGCUGCAGCGGAGGGCACAGCCCAUUAGGGCCAACAGACCCAGGACCAGCAUCAGUACGGACCCUCUAAAGAGCAUCGUGCGCCAGCCCAGUCUCUGUUUGAGACAAGUGUCUGGGCCCAGUUCUGGGGCGGGGACUCUGAAAGGGACUGAUAUAACAUCUGUGUUCCCUGCUGGAGAAACCUCAGCAGAAGUUUUUGCCAUUUCAUCCUCUCAGAGACAAUGUUCUCUAGAUAGCAAAAAUGAAGAGAAGGCCACUCAAAGAGUCUUCCCUGAGGAUACUGACAUGAAAAUUAGCUCUAAGAACAACAACGGUGACUCCAACUCCACUGGUAGUCAUAACCUGCAGAACAAUUGUUCUGUCCCCAGUAGGGUCAAGAACGGCAGUACAAACAUUAGAAGAGUCAUUAGAAAGACAAGCCUUCUUUCUCACUCGGGCCCCUCUGUCCCCACUCUCCUCAAAGAAAUCAGAGAUCAUACAAGUCCUAAACUUAACUCUUUACGUGAAGAGACACUUCAGCCAUGUUGCCCCACCGACCAAGAACAGAUCUUCAAAUCAUCUCUAACUGCUAAAACACAGACUGGUGCUUCCAAGAAGAGCUCUAAUCCUCUGCAGAGUGGCCCAUCAGAGAAUAACAGCUUGGAGCUGGCACACACCAGUUCAGAGGCCUUCGCUCAGAAUCCCGACGAAGGAGUAAGAGUAGUAAGAAGGAGUCAUGUGAGCAAUGGCAUCCCUGCCAGGCAGCAUAAUGGUAAACACUGCAAAGGUAACAGCAGGAAUGUUAAGAUUACUAAAGUGAAGAGCAGCAAUAGAACAAAACCUCUGUUGGCUUCUGAACAUAAGGAGGUGCCUUCAGAGAAAAGAGGGGAUAAGCUCUGCCAUAAUUCUGACCCUGACAGGUUUCUUCAAGUGGACGACGGACACUCCAAUGAGGCCAAGGUCUCUAACAAAGGUACUUCAUCAGGCAUGAACAGCAUCCCUGCAUCCACUCCAAUAACUGGAGUCCCAGACAAGCAUGCAAGGCCGACGCAAAUCAGCGUUAGAUCAGGAGUAUUAAAGCACCAUCAGUAUGGAAGCUACCAUUCUCAUCAUCACCACGGACGCGAACACGUCGCCGUUGUUGCCAAGCCAAAGUGCAAACGGAAAGAGUACCGGCCCCCGCGUGCCAUCAUGGAGGUGCCAUCUGACAGCACGAAGGCAAACAGCCGCCACCGGCAGAGAAAGAAGGUCCUUAGAAGCUCUGUUGCCAAAACAUGCCACACCGGGGGGCAGCAGGGUAGCCCAUACUCCAAAAUCCCAGCAAGCGACUCUGAAUAUUCAGCCGAGUGUGUCUCACUUUUUCACUCUACCAUCGUGGACACCAGUGAGGACGACAGGUCCAAUUACACCACAAACUGCUUUGGGGACAGCGAGUCCAGCGAGGAGGAGUAUGUGGAGGACAACACCACCACCACAGACACAGAGGAGAGUGUGGGUGGUGGACCUGGGGGAGAGGGUCCUGGAGGAAUUGGGCCAGGCCGGCGUCGGGGGCAUCAGAGAACAGCUCGGGUCACAGUGGGGAAGCUGGAAAUAGAUCCAGCUCAGACUAAGACCUUCGUCAAGGUUAAGGCUUCUCAUAACCUGAAGAGGAAGAUCCUCAGGUUCAGGUCGGGUUCACUCAAACUCAUGACCACAGUAUGAUCUCUCAGACUGGAGCAGAAGCAUAUCUGUUGGUUGCCUUAUCCGGUUACUUCUGUUGUGCCUGAAACAAACCAAGUAGUUGAAAAAAUAGUGGUAGAAUGGGAGCUGUAAGGUCCACCACAUACUGCGGUUUGGAAAACAGUUUCUACAGCUGGUAUUUAUACCACCGCAAGCCUCUUCAGAGGGUCCGAACCAAUCUUUGUGAAGGUUGUCUCUCGAAAGAAAAACUGUUAAGAUGAAACCUUCUUAUUAGGCUGCUUCUCUUUUAUCAAAUUACAGUUUCUAAAUUUACAAUAUUACAAUGUCAACAUUUUACAGAUGGUAACCCAGAACUUCCUGUCAAAGUCCAUAGAUUUAGAAAAACUAAUAAUUGUGUGAAUGCAGUUCGGCCACCCAAACACAGUUGAAACCAGGUAUUUCUAUGGGCUAAUCAGUUUGUGCUUAUUCACAUCGUUCUUUAAUGUUCCCCCAAAACUCAGUCCGCAAGUAUAACAUUUUGACAUAUUUCCAACAUAACAAACAAACAACUAUAUUUUUUGGUGGAUGCUAAUGAACAAAAUCAAUUCAUGUCACCAUUCUUACAAAUUAAUUUUUAUCCUACUGCAACGUGACUUUUCAUAACAAAAAUGAGCAAUUUUAGCAUCCGGCUCAAAAUGCUAAUAAAAAAUUUGCAUCUUUGAUCUCAGCAGAAUUUUAGAAAUGUGUUGACUUUAUUUCUGUACAAAUAACAUUGUUGAUCCCAGCUGACCUGAAAAAGUUUAACCCGGUUUAAUGUCACAAAGUGAGAAAACAGGUUUUCAUACAGUAUAAAUAUCUGGUUUCAACUUUGGCAUUCAGCUGUUUAGGAUAAGACAAACUGCUUGGAAUCCUUUUUCUUCCAUGCAGCUCGGAUGUUAUGACUAGAGAGGAACUUUGUUAAGUAGGUUAACUUCGCUUGUUGUAUGUGGAACUCGUGGUCGGCCAAGAAGAAACAUUUAAAUCCUUAAAGGUACGUUCAACACUGAACGCAAACAAGCCGUAUUUUUCUCGUUGAUCACCUGCCAUUGGUCACUUGACAUUUCGCCUCUCUCUCGUAAACAAUUUGCGCUUACAAUACAGCCAGUUUUCCCCCAGCUUGCUUCACCGCGUCACCAAAUAGGAGGACCGUCUAUCUGCUUCUGGUUCCUCUUCUCUGUUCGUGGUGGAGAUGGAUUUUACCGAGCGAGUCACGGUGCUGUGUGUAAUGUGGAAAACCGAACAGCUUUCCACAUUGUCUAAGAGAUGUCCUCUGAUUUGACUGUAUCUGUUUGAAGGGUUCUACUGUUGCCUUCUGAUCUCCUAAAGCAGAUUUCUGUAAUGUAUAAAGGGCUGUAAAAUAAUGAUUAAUGCCUUUACAAGCCAUUGCAAAACAUCUGGAAUCACUGUUCAAUCAAUAUUUUUUUACUUUGUAGCAAAAAAGAGAAAAACUACAUUACACUUGAACAUCUGUUUUCAGGCCAGAAAAGGAAAAAAAGUGGAAUUACUCAAUGUUGAGGUAGAAAAUGUGCCAAAAUAGCCCCAAGAGGAGAGAUGUGAGAUGAAAAAUGGGAAGAACUUCUUCAAGAACGUCAAUCAGCACAGAGUGUGGCAAAACAUGUAGGUUGUUCCAAGUCAGCUGAGUCGAAUGUUUGGAGGAAGUACAAGCAGAGUGUUCAGGUUAUAAGAAGAAAAUCCAGGUAGACCAAGGAAGACAGGGAAGCAUCAGGAAGGAGAGCUCUAAACAAUGUGCCUAGGAAAUGACCAGCUAAAGGAAUAAAAGUCCAAUGAACAUAACUGUAGGUUAAUGUUUGGGAGCAAUCUGUUUGAAAUAAAAAAAAAAAUAGUUCAGAAACACCAUUAACAAUGAAAUUUUAAAAAACCAAGGUUCGUGGACUGCAGAGCAGUGGAUGGAUGAGCGAUUUAGGGACCUCUCCCUGGCCAAGGACAAGAUGCUGAAAUGUUUAGUGAAACAUAUAAAGAUGACUGCUUGAAGAACAUUUACCCUGAAGAGUUUUGUAAAAAAAAAGGUUUUGAAAGCAACACAGUUUGAGAGAUUACAAUUUGUUUUUCAAAUUCUGUUUUGAAGCCAUUUUAUUUUCUACAAGUUCUACUUUCUGCACAUGUAUCUGUUCCAUUUGGCUCGACUUUUGAGGUCAAGUUUUUUGAAAGGUAUGUUUUUUAUAUCCUGCACUUUGAAAUAAGCCAUCAGUGCUGUUAACAUGUUUGCUUAUAGUCCUGUUUUAUUUCCUCUAGUUUUUGAGCAUUUCUGUCAGCUCAUAUUUUUUCUGUAAAGUGCUUUUUUCAGCUAUGCUGUUCUAAGAUUUUUUUAAAAGCUAUUUAUACCUAAUAUAUUUGUUAUACACAGUAUUCACUGAAAGCCAUUAAAAUGUUAAGAGCAGAUGGAGAUUUGUUUCCCCUUGUUUUACUACGUGUGCAUUGAAUACAGCUGACAUUUAAAUGAUAAAUGCAGUGAAUGUUUCAGAAAAAUGUCCAUUUUCUUUGAUGACUAAGAUUAGUUUUGGACUUUAGUUGUUAAAUGGCACCAUAUAAAUAAAGUAAUAGAACUAACUGAUUUAAACUACCUUUUCUUACAUAUACAGUAGGCUGAUGGCAAAAAAGGGAUGUGAACUGAGUGGGAUUAUUUGCAAAAAAAAACAAAUUCCUAUGAAAAUUGUGCCAAACUAAGCUGCUGGUUAGGGGCUCCAACCCAUUGGAUGGCCUCCAAGGAUGCUUGAAUUAUCCUACAGCGCAUAGAUCCCCAAAAUUCUAAUUUGCUUACUUAGAAUAACCAUACAAUUUAAUUUGGCCUAACAUUUCAGAAUAAUUAAACUAAGAAAUUCAAAAAGAUCUGAAAUUUAUACAUUUUUAAAUACAACUGGAAAGUACAAAACAUAUUUCUAGUUUGAGUUUAACAGGAAGUUGUCCCCCGAUCCAGCUUUUUUUCAGGCCUUGUAGAACCUUGGGCUGGCCCUGAACUGGAUUUAGAUUAAUCAUCAGGGUUUAUUUGCCUUCUUCAAAAGGCCAUGACUGCUCUUGUUGAUGUCACACGCUGCCUUUCUGUUUAAAAGUUUAUUUGCUGACUUUUUUGUUGUUGUUGAAAUUGUUUAUAUUUAAACGUCUCACCAGCAAUAAUCCUUCAAUCAGUAGCUAAACCUAAUUGUACUGAUGUUUCCCCACCAACGUCAUGCCUCUGCUGUGUCAGAACUGAUCUUCUAAACUUCACAGCUGGAGAACUAAAUGACUGUUAUUAAUAUCUUUGUAUUUAUUGUACAUGUAUGCCAGAAAUUGGUGCUUGACUCUUUAACUCUUGAUUAAAUGUGGAUUUCCCGUG